AUGCUGCGGAAGGGCGAUGGCGACGGUGAUGCUGCCGACGGCGCCAAGGCUAAGGCCCGCGAGAAGGUCAAGGUCCGCAAGAAAAUCCGCAAGCGGGUGCUGGCUGCAAACCAGGAGCAAGCUGUAGGCAAGGCCAAGGCCGCGGGACCCGAAGAGAUUGAGGUUGAUCCCAAGGACUUUUACUCGCCGUACGAGCUCCCGCUCAAGGUGACGAACUUGUACGGCACGCCGCGGCACAUCGAGCCCAACACCCACUUUUCGAUCCCGUACGCCAACGAGCUGUUUGAGGGCCACGUCUCGCUGGUCUUCCGUGGCGAGCCGCGCGAUCCACACUUUGACUCGAUCUACGACUCGUGGAAGACAGUGUUUGAGAUCCAGCUGCAGGGCAAGCUCAAGGUCAAGACGAGGUCGACGCUGUACAUGGGCAUCGAAGCCAUGGGUCCGGUCUCGAUCGGCAUCAUCGGCCGCGCGCUGGGCAAGAUCCUUCUCAAGCUCAUUCGGUCACAGACACGCGGCAUGGACGGCACGUUCAACGAGGGCGACGACCUCCGACCGCACAUCUGCUUUCCCAUGGCUAUGUUUGCCGACCGCUUUGUGUGGACGCCCGAGGGCGAAACGCCACCUGCCAUCGGCCAGUACCUUGACUGCGAGGACGACGAGUCGGCCAAGGCCCGUAAAAAGGCCGCAACCAUGGACGACCGCUACGGGCCCGACUCGGGCAUCCUCACCAUGUCGUUCCGCUCGCCGCGCCUCGACAUGGUCAACUGGAAGAUCAUCGACAUCCCGGGCAUGAAGGACAUCAACUUUGCGCCAUACCUCGCCGGCCUCGGCCUGCAGAUUGUCGCCUACGACAUGCCUCCCGACUGGACCGGCAUUCACCUUGACUCGGCCAAACAGUACUACUUUUGCUUUACCAUCGAGAACACUGGGACUGGCGUCCGUGCCCGCAAGUCAUACCCGGCGUCGGUCCCGCCCGAGUAUCUUUACCACCCGGGCGAUCCACGCCUCGACGCCGCCCUCGCCUCGCCACGCGAUUCCGAGUACGAGUACGAGUACGUCGAGACGUACGAGUACGAUGAAUUUGCUCGCGAUGAGGACGAGCCUGGCUCAGGCUCGGGCUCGUCGUCGUUCUGGUCGUCAGGCGGCGGUGGGUCGCCGCAUCGGUCUGCUCGCCGCCAGGCUGCCGACGACGACGACGACGAUGAUGAUGAUGAUGACCUCGACGCCGACAUGGACGACCCGUUUGAGGCAUCGCUCUUCUCACCGGAGCUCACCACUACGCUCAAGACUCCGGGGGCGCGGUACUCGUCGAUUUCGGUUCCUGCUCUCAUCGAGUACUACCCGCACAACAAGCGGCGGGUGCUGUAUGUGGUGCACGCAGUGCCGGCGGCAUCGUCAUCGGCGUCGGCGACUGCCCUUGCUAGCCCGCCGCCGCCGCUCACGCUCCCGAUGUACUCGCCGCCACCAUCAAUUGCGAUCUCGCCAGAGUCGGAAACUGGGCGAAUGACCUAUGCGUCGGCGUCCGACUCGUCAGAUGCCGGCGCCAGCUCGGGGUCGGGCCACGCCGACCCACCAACGCCAUCGCGGCCGACGCUGCCGUACGUCCGCGGGCGGUCAGGCUCGGCCGGCUCGCGGUCGGAAAGGGCGACAGGCGCUGGCGGUGCCGACGCUGCGUCGUCGGCCGACUCGUUCUCCAACUCCUCGGCUUGGACCGAGGUGGAGGAGAUUGGCGAGGCCGCCGUACCGAUCCGCAGCCAGGCGGACCCCGAAGGCCUGCGGGUCUCGCGGUCGGCGCGGUCGUUGACCUCGCUCAAGCGUGGCAGCAAGCGAUCGUCAUCGGGCUCGCGGUCGCAGUCACGGUCGCGGUCGCGGUCGCGGUCGCGGUCCGGCUCGAACUCGUCGCGAUUGCCACCAACGACGCUUUCGGCCCGGCGGACCGAGACUUCGGGCUCCGAGUACUCAUCGGGCUCGUGCAGCUCCAAGUACGAGGCACGCCGGGCAGUGGCGCGGGCGCCGCGGCGGCGGUCAGGCGAGAAAGGUCGGCGAGCUUCAGGCGGACCUUCGCGGUUUGUCGGCGUCUCGCUCUCACCGCUCGCCGGCGAGUACAAUCGGUUCUCGGCCGUGGCUCCAGCAGUCUCGGGCGUCCGCCGCGUCCUGCGGACAUACUCGGACAUCCGCGACCUCGAGGCGCACUUUCGGUCGCACUCGAUCUCGCGCAAGGGCCUCAAGAACCCUAAGGUUCGGCGGUACUCGCGGCUUGCCAAGGAGCGGUCGGCGCUUGACGCCUUUCUCUCCAACGUGGCGAGUGCGCGGUCGCCGGCGGCGCAGCAGCUACUUGCGCUCUUUCUCACCGACACGGUCUCGGGUGACGCGCGGUUCUUCCUCUCGGGCGCGCAUGAGCGCGACGCGGCCGACCUCUCGACCCAAGUCAAGUUCCACACCUCGGCUGUCCGCGCACUAGACGAGACGUACUGGCGCGAGGAGACGGCGCUGCUGUACUCGGACAACCUCUCGUUUUGUCAGUUUAAGCGCAAAGCGCGGCUGCACAAGAGGCAGAGAGUGCAAGAGGAGGUGACUGCCAUCAUUGCGCUUGACGACGUGCUCUCUGUCGGCCCGCUGGAGGACUCGAACACUCCGUUUGACGGCUUUGUCUUUGUCAAGAUUGUGACACUCGAGCGAGUCCACUACGUGUGCGUGGCGUCGGAGGAGGUGGCGGCGGCGUUUGUGGCCGCCAUCUCGGCGGCGUGCCAUAAGCUGCGGGCGUCGCGGCGGGCGCUGUCAUCGGCAGUGACGCAAGUCCGAGCGUCAAGCGCAGGCAGCCAGCAGGCGGUGUACGUUUACAGUGUGCCGCGGUUCAAGUCGCGGCUGCUGCUCAAUGGCCGGCGGCUGCUGUUCAAUCCAUUUGCGCCGUCGAUGGCGUCGGCCGUUGCCCCAUGGGAGGUUAUCGGCGAGCUGCUGCGUGAGGGCACCAUGCUCCGUGGGAGCGACGUGCACUCGGUCAAGGUCAACGCCUUUCUCGACGCCACUGUCGAGCUGAAGCGGCUGCGGAUGGACGAGCAGGUGUGGAACCACAACCAAAAGGUGGCGUUCUUCCUCAAUGCCUUCCAUCUCCUUGUCGUCCAUGCGCUCAUCGUCCUCGGGACACCGUCGUCCAAGAAGGAGGCGCGCCAGCUCUACACCGACUACUCGUACCAGCUCGGCGAGUACGUGCUCUCGGCGGCUGAGAUCGAGCACGCCAUUCUCCGGGCGCCGGCGACCAAGCACCCGGCGCGGCUGCAGAAGACCCGGGCACGGGUCUCCAAGCUCAAAAAGCUGCGGUCAAAGGACCCCGUGCCGCGGUUCGAGGAAUCUGAUCCGCGGGCUAAGUUUGUGCUCGACCGCGUCGACUGGCGCCUCAACUUUGCCAUCAUCUCGGGCUCGCUUGGCUCGGUCAUGACCUUCCCGGUCUACCAUCCGGACCACGUCGACUCGCAGCUCAACUCGGCGACCUCGGCGUACCUCAAUGCGUUCACUUCGGUCUCGGAGACAACCGCCGUCGUCACCCUUCCCAACCAGUGCGCCAAGCUCAUCCCGCACCUUGGCGCCACCCACCUUGCAGUCCUCCGCCGCCUCGAGCCGUUCUACCGUGGCUCGCUCGCCGCCGCCCUCCAGCGCGUCCUCGACUCUCGCGACAAGAACGUCUCGAUUCAUUUUGCCGAGCCCGAAAAGGGCGAGAAGCUAAGGUUCCACGCCGCGUUCUCCAUCGCCUAGCGGGGCCAAGUUCUUUCCUGCUCCUACUCAUCUCCUUUCCCAUCCCCUUUGCUGCCCCUAUCAAAGACAUACUCGCGUUGC